UAAAGUUGCCACGACUGCUGAUAAAGCCUCUGUUCUUAAAAGCCUAAAGGUCUCAAAAAUUUAAACUGAGAGUGCUACACCACAGAAGAAAAGAAAAGGCAGUUAGAGGAUGCUCGGGUCCUUUGGCUUGGUCAAGAACAUGUUCCAGGUGCUACUUUGGGCCUUCUGCCUUUUCAUCAGAAUCACACCAGUACUGCCGAUGGCACUGGAUCCCUGCUCUGCUUACAUUAGCUUGAAUGAGCCAUGGAGAAACACCGAACACCAGCUGAAGGAGGACGAUGGUCAACCUGCCUGUGACAGUCAUGUGGAUGGGGAGUGGUACCGCUUCACAGGCAUGGCCGGAGAUGCCAUGCCCACGUUCUGCAUUCAAGAGAACCACUGUGGCACCCACGCGCCCAUCUGGCUGAAUGGCAAUCACCCAGGAGAAAUGGAUGGCAUCGUGCAACGCCAGGCCUGUGCCAGUUUUAAUGGGAACUGCUGCCUCUGGAACAACACUGUGGAGGUCAAAGCCUGCCCUGGAGGCUACUAUGUCUACCAUCUGACCAAGCCCAGUGUCUGUUUUCAUGCCUACUGUGGCCAUUUCUAUGACAUCUGUGAUGUGGUGGACUGUCAUGGUACUUGCUCUAACUCUGAAUGCACAUGUUCUGAAGGAACCAUCCUGGGCCCGGACCAACAAACCUGCCUGGAUGAAAAUGAAUGUGAAAAAAACAAUGGUGGCUGCAGUGAGAUCUGUGUAAAUCUGAAGAACUCAUACCGCUGUGAAUGUGGGGUUGGACGUGUGCUGGGAAGUGAUGGCAAAACCUGUGAAGACAUCGAGGGUUGUCAAAACAAAAAUGGCGGCUGCAGCCAUUCUUGCCGUGGAUAUGGAACAACUUACCAAUGUGAAUGCCCUCGUGGGUUGGUGCUAUCUGAGGACAAUCACACUUGCCAAGUCCCUAUGAGAUGCCAGUCGAAUGCUAUUGAAGUGAACAUCCCCAAGGAUUUGGUUGGGGGUCUGGAGGUCUUCCUGACCAACACAUCUUGCCGAGGAGUUUCCAAUGGCACCCACAUCAAUAUCUACUUCUCCCUCAAGACCUGUGGCACUGUGGUUGACGUGGUGAAUGAUAAGAUCAUUGCCAGCAACCUAGUGACAGGGCUCCCCAAGCAGAUGCCCGGCAGUAAUGGCGACAUCAUCAUCCGUACCAGUAAGCUGCUGAUCCCAGUCACCUGUGAGUUCCCUCGACUCUACACCAUUUCUGAAGGCUACGUGCCCAACCUCCGUAAUUCUCCCCUGGAAAUCAUGGGACGCAGCCAGGGUAUCUUCCCCUUCACGCUGGAGAUCUUCAAAGAUAAUGAGUUUGAAGAGCCCUACCGGGAGACACUGCCCACCCUCAAGCUAAGGGAUUUGCUCUACUUUGGUAUCGAGCCCCUGGUGCAUGUGAAUGGUCUAGAAACCCUGGUGGAGAGCUGUUUUGCAACCCCUACAGACAAGAUUGAUGAGAUCCUCAAACACUACCUCAUCCGAGAUGGCUGCGUGUCAGAUGACUCAGUAAAGCAGUAUACGUCCCGAGAUCACCUCACAAAGCACUUCCAAGUCCCCGUCUUCAAAUUUGUGGGCAAAGACCACCAGGUGGUGUUUUUACAUUGCCGAGUCCUGGUCUGUGGGGUCCUGGAUGAGCAAUCCCGCUGUGCCCAGGGUUGCAACCGACGGAUGCGACGUGAAGCAGUUAAGGACCAGGGAACUCACCUGCAGAACCGCAUACUGACUAGUGGCCCAAUCAUCAUCGACAGGGAGGACUAGUAACAAAUCUGCCAUCAUGUCUCUGGCUCUGGGGCUUCUCUGUGAAUUGUAACUGCUCCCCCAAUCCCUUCUAAAGCUUUCUAAGGAAAUUGGAUCCGCAUUCAAGAAAGCUCGACAUUCAAUGACACAUUUUCUGUCAUCUUAGGGUUGUUGAAGAUGCUCAUGCCAUCUAGCUACUGGUUUGUAAGGAUCAAGACCUUGCUGAAUGGCUUGGCUUAUUGUAUACGGAGCCUGAUGCUUCUGUUGUUGAGUGGAAAACCAUCCAUUCAAAAAUCCACUCAUUCUCCCCCAACACACUCACUCUUUGUGGUUGUAUUCCUCUUCUUCAAACAUCUCAAAUAAUUCUAAGUGCCAAUGUAGUCAAUAGUAAGGAACUGGUUAUCAGUAGCCUUGAGUCUAGUUUUCAGCUUUCAGGUCAUUUAAAUAACCUAGGAGACCUUUGUUCCCAGAGAAAAGAGAAUGAUUUGACACUCAAAGACAUGGGGAGCAGACUUACAAUUUAAAAAAAAAGCCAUGGACCAGUAGUAAUGGAAACACUAGCACAAAAAGUCAGGGUCCCAUUUCAAACUUAAAUCAUAGAAGUGGUAGAGGAAAAAAAGUGUCAUGUGAAAUUAUACUUUAAAAUGCGAGGGCUCAAGGCCCUUAAAUAUGUAAAUUGUCAUUGUAUCCUAACAUUUCCAAUAGGCAUUCAGGGUCACUUCAAAGGUGCUUAUAUGCAUAAGAGUAUUUAAUAAAGGAGACUAUUAAGUUUUUCUCUGACAUAGUAUUUUCUCCUUUUUUGUGCUGUGUUGCUUGUUCUCUUAUUUUUGCAUUGUCUUUAUCUUUUAAGGUCAAGGGAAUUGUCUCAUUGGCCACAGUACUUGGCACAUAAUAGGCUCUUUAAUAAAUGCUUUUUGGUUGAA